UUAUCUGAUAUGGAUAAUUUUAAUAUAUUUUUAUACUUAGAAUAUAAAAUACAAAAUCAUUACAAUUUUCUUUUAAAUAUUUUAUAUAAUUAUAAUGCAUUCAAACGAAAGGAAAAAUAGACGAACAGAAAGAUGUCAAUAUGAUAGUAUAGAAAUAGAUCUAUUUUUUUUUGUAUUGAUCGUAGAUAAUAAUUCAAUAGCUAAAUAUUAAACUCCAAGUCUUAUAAGAAUAUAAUAUAGCAUAAAAAUGAUCAUAUUCAAAAACAAUUUCCUAUAAAUAUCAUAUAAUCAGAAAAGAAAUUUAAUAAAUACGAUACAUAAUUCUUUUUCACGAAUUAUUUAUGCACGUAAUAAGAGCAAGGGGGGUCGAAAAAAAAAGAUUCAUUUUAAGUUAAUGAUUGAAUAUAUUAAUUAAAGUUUGUUUCAUGUAAACAAUGCGCGCCUUGUGAAAAUUGUUUACGGCAGUAAAUCCCACGGCAGUAAAUCCAGGACACCAUUUUGUUUGUAUUUUCACUCGCGCUAAAUUGAGCAUCAUGAAUAUUCAUAUUAACUUUAUUUCUAGGUACUCCAAUAAAUGUUCAAGCAACAUAUCCAUCAUCGUUUACUGUCGACAGUUCAUUGUAUUAUCGUGAUUGUAAUAUGCCAAAAUGUUACUAUGAAGCUUUGCAAAUUAAUGUAUUCGAAACAGGUAUAUAUGUUCUGUGGAGUGAGAGCAACGUGAAUACAUAUGGUUAUAUAUAUCAACAUGAUUUUAAUCCAUUCGAACCUUUGAAAAAUCUGCUUGCUGAACAUGAUGGUAAAUGUAACAAUGGACAAUUUAAACUGAUCAUUGAUCUUCAAGUCAAUGCGAAAUAUGUAUUAGUCGUGACAACACAUCGUCCAAUGACAACAGGAAAUUUUUCUGUUUUCAUCUCUGGACCAUAUAAUGUCAGUCUCACUAAUUUUAGUUCAAAAGAGAGCAGUUGUAUCAUUGGUCAUCUUUGUAAUUCUUAUGUCAAAGGCAUUGGCUUGACUCUGGACGACAUUUUACAAGAUGUGCUUCGGCCAAAUGUGAUGUUAAAUAAACAAUCAUUCUCAAUCAAAAUAAGUGCAGCUUUGACAAUCGUUAUGUUUGUCGCAGGUUCUAUCAACGCCAUUCUUUCCUUUUACGUAUUCAAACAUAAAGAUGCACAGCAAGUUGGAUGUGGGAUAUAUCUUCUUGCAUCGUCCAUUAUUUCAUUUCUUACAGUUACCAUGUUCAUGAUAAAAUUCUGGUUUCUUGUCCUUACUCAGAUCAAUGUAUCGACGAGUACUGCCGUUCUUCGUGGAGGUUGUGAAUCGAUCGAAACUAUUUUGAAAGUAUGUCUCUAUUUGGAUGGUUGGUUGAAUGUUUGCGUUGCUAUUGAACGUGCAAUUCAUGUUUUUAAAGGAGUCAACUUUGAGAAAGCAAAAAGUAAACGCAUAGCCCGAUGGAUUGUUUUCAUUUUACCAUUUUGCAUCACUAGUACUCUAAUCCAUGAAUUUAUUUAUCGUAAACUAUUUGAAUAUCAAACAGAACCAGAUAAGAUUAGCACAGGUGAGUUUUGUCCAACACCCAUUUGGAAUCCGACUGGAAUUACGAUUGCUAAUCGAUCGAUUGUCGGUCAAUUUCCUAUCACCAUUUUUGUGAACACAAACAAUACAGUUUAUGUCGCUAAUCUAGAGGAGGGCACUAUUGUCAUAUGGGAUGAACAUAGUGUCAAUUCAACAAAAAUCAUUUCCGGUAAUUUUAAUCAACCCGGUUCUUUCUUCGUGACAUCAAAUGGUGAUAUUUAUGUUGAUGAUGGCUGGGGAAAUCGUCGAGUACAGAGAUGGAGUGCAGAAACAAAUACUUUUGCUAAAGUGAUGAAUGUCAACUCAUCAUGUGAUGGUUUGUUUGUCGAUAUCAAUGAUACUCUUUAUUGUUCAAUGUCUGAUCAUCAUCAAGUAUUGAAAAGAUCAUUAAAUGAUGCUGUUAUAACUUCAAAUCGUGUUGCUGCUGGAACAGGUAUUGAAGGAUCAGGCUCGAAUCAACUUAAUAGUCCUCAUGGAAUCUUUGCCGAUGUGAAUAUGGAUUUAUAUGUGACAGAUUGUCGAAAUAAUCGAGUUCAGUUGUUCCAGUCGGGAAAACCAAAUGGCAUCACAGUGGCUGGAAAUACAUCAAUAAAUCCAACAAUUACACUUUUUUGUCCUACUGGAAUUGUCUUAGAUGCUGAGAAGUACUUAUUCAUUGUGGAUCGACGCAAUCAUCGUAUUGUUGGUUCAGGCUUGAAUGGUUUUCGAUGUUUAGUUGGAUGUUAUGGAAUAGGUUCACAAUCCAAUCAAUUGGAUAAUCCAUUUAGUUUUAGUUUCGAUCAUUCUGGAAACAUGAUUGUUACUGAUCAAGAGAAUGAUCGAAUUCAAAAAUUUCAAUAUUUCGAAGAAUCAUGUGUUACUCAGAGAAAAUUAAAAAGAAAACCUAUCUUAGAAGCUGAAAAUGAAACUCCUGAUGGAUUUAAAACUGAAUUAUUGAUCGAUAAUAUUAUCGUCAUGUUAGUUGCAUGA